AUGUCCAGCCGCCAGCCCAAGCAGUCCAUGUCCGAGCUCAAGCUCAGGAGAGUCACUGAGCACAUUCAGCGUCUGCGUGACGAUCUCGCCCGUCCUCGAAUCCGCGUCAGCGAAGCGUCGAUGAGCCUCAUUCGGUACACCAAGAGUACCAAGGAUCCCCUCCUCCCAACCGUCUGGGGUCCUCUGCCAAAGAACGAGGAUCCGUUCUAUCAGCCGCAGAGCACGGGAUGCAACUGUGUCGUAGCGUAG